AUGCAGCUCACUACUAUCAUUGCCCUUCUCGCCACUUCCCUCGCAGUGAGCGCCACCCCCGUCGAACUAGAGGAGAAGCGUCAGCUGGAAGGCGCUGCUCGUGUCUAUGCCCGCUUCUAUCGUGAUGGCGGCUGCAGCCCCUCCCCUUGGGCAGAGGACACUGUCUUCCUGCAGUCGGACACUGUAGGACUGGCCGGAUGUCAGGAUCUGACUGUUGGGCCCUUUCCCAGCACCUUCUUUGAUAUCAACAACUUCAGCAGAACUGUGAGAUUCUUUAACCUGCCUUGCUCCCAGCUCACGUCUACUACGAGUGGCAACUUUGUCGAUAUCAAGCCCGGUCAGACUCCUGGGUGCCAAAACUUGGCUAUUCGCUCUUGGGUUACCAUCUAG